AUAACUCUUCUUUGCCAUUUUUAUACAAAAAAAAUCUCUCUCUAUCUAUCUCUUUCUCUAUAUCGAUAUUUACGGCUUUCACUUUGUUUUGAUCUUAAAAAAAAAGCUAGGGUUUACAAAAGCUAGGGUUCUCAAUCUCGAAUCUCUCAGAUUCAUUCAAUUUUUAGGGUUUACAGAUCUGUUACGGCGCGCCGUCGUUUUAUCUGAUUCGAAUAUGUUUUGGAAGCUUCCAGUACUUUCCUCUUGUUCACCGGUUGAAGCAGUACUAGACAAGGAAAAUUUCACUUUGGAAGAGCUUCUUGAUGAAGAAGAAAUAAUCCAAGAGUGCAAAGCUUUGAACAGUCGUCUCAUAAAUUUUUUGAGAGAGAGAACGCAGGUUGAGCAGUUGCUGCGUUACAUUGUUGAAGAGCCUUCUGAGGAUGCUGAUAGCAGACGAACAUUUAAGUUCCCUUUCAUUGCCUGUGAGAUUUUUACCUGUGAAAUUGAUGUCAUCCUUAGGACUUUAGUGGAUCAUGAAGAGCUAAUGAAUUUGCUCUUUUCCUUUCUGGAACCAAGUCGUCCUCAUAGCGCCUUGCUGGCUGGGUAUUUUAGUAAGGUGGUGAUAUGCCUUAUGGUGCGGAAGACUGCUAUACUUAUGAAUUAUGUUCAGGCCCAUCAUGAUGUUUUCCAACAGAUGGUGGAUUUGAUUGGUAUCACAUCCAUAAUGGAGGUUUUGGUGCGACUUGUAGGAGCUGAUGAUCAUAUGUACCCCACUACUACGGAUGUGAUGCAAUGGUUGACUGAGAGCAAUCUAUUAGAAAUGAUAGUGGACAAAUUGAGCCCCUCUAGUUCUCCUGAAGUUCAUGCUAAUGCAGCAGAAUCACUAUGUGCAAUAACCAGAAACACGCCGUCCCCUCUUGCCACCAAAUUAUCCAGCCCAAGUUUUGUUGCCAGGAUAUUUGGUCAUGCCCUCGAAGACUCACACUCGAAGUCUUCCCUUGUCCAUUCAUUGUCUGUCUGCAUCUCUAUACUGGAUCCAAAAAGAUCAAUUCCAUCAUCUAUGAUGUAUUCUUUCCGGAACCAGCAGGCUUAUGAGUCUCCCGUGCAUGUCAAUGCUGACACUAUCGAUGCAAUGCUUCCUAAACUUAGCGGUUUGCUUGAGCUGUUGAAUGUGUCAUCUGAUGAGAAGGUUCUGCCCACAACAUAUGGAGAACUCAGGCCGCCUCUUGGAAAGCAUCGCUUAAAGAUCGUGGAAUUCAUUUCUGUGCUACUGAAGACUGGCAAUGAAGUUGCAGAGAAAGAAUUGAUCAGCUCUGGGACAAUUGAGAGGGUCCUGAAUCUCUUUUUUGAGUACCCCUAUAACAAUGCAUUACAUCAUCAUGUGGAGAGUAUAAUAUACUCAUGCUUAGAAAGUAAGAACACUACAAUCGUUGACCAUCUUUUUGAGGAGUGCAAUUUGAUUGGCAAAAUUAUUCAAACCGAUAAACAGCCUACAGUUUCUGGUGAUGGAAAUCAGCCCACCUUACCGGCUACUGGAAAACAAGCACCCCGAGUAGGUAACAUAGGGCAUAUAACUAGGAUUUCUAACAAACUCAUUCAGUUGGGGAACAAUGACAACCUCAUUCAGUUGGGGAGCAAUGACAACCUCAUUCGCGCUCAUCUUGAGAAAAAUAUGGAAUGGAGUGAUUGGCAUACUACUGACUUGCAGGACCGUAAUACAUUAGAAAACGUCUACCGCUGGGCUUGUGGCCGACCAACUGCAUUGCACGACAGAAUGAGGGAGAGCGACGAGGAAGAUGUUCAUGACAGAGAUUAUGAUGUAGCAGCUUUAGCGAAUAAUCUGAGUCAAGCAUUUCGCUACACCAUAUAUGAUAAUGAUGAUGCUGAAGAGGGGCAUGGAGCUCUUGAACGAGAUGAUGAGGAUGUUUAUUUUGAUGACGAGUCUGCUGAAGUUGUGAUAUCAUCCCUGAGGUUGGCAGAUGAUCAGGGGAGCAGUUUGUUCACAAAUUCAAACUGGUUUGCGUUCCAAGAUGAUAGAAUUGGUGAUGCCUCUAUGAGCACCUCACCUGCUGAUGCUAUGGAGGAUAUUAACCUCAAUGGAACGUCAAAUGGUAGCAAAAGCAAUAGUGAUGAUGAAGUGGUAGUUGGAGAGGAGGAUGAAUUGGCUGAGAGCAAAAAUUCUAAUGCAACUUCCAGCUCUAGUUCAAAUGCCUUUAGUGGGCUCAGUGUAACCAAUUCUGGUAACAGUGGAGACCAAAAUCAACAGAAUGAGAAAGCAGGCGCCACAAUUGACAUGAUUCCUGUACAGUUCGAGACGUCAGAGAAUGAUGACCCCUUUGGAGACACGUCUAUGCCCGAAUGGGUAGCAUGGGGGGAUGCCCCAAAUUUUCAAGUUGGUGGAUCCACUGUGAACCCCUUUGAAGACCAUAAUAACUCUACUGACCAUCUUGCCAACUCAGUGGAGAUCGUAACUCCACCACUUAGUUCCACUACUAGUUGUAGUGGAGAAUCUAUUCCAAAUGGUGUCUCAUCUCCUGAUUCUAGCAAAAGUUCGGGGUCUGAUUCUAGUCAGAAAGCAACUACCGUUCCUUCUUUGUUUGAAGAGGAUGUUGAAUUUGUUGGCGUGGAAUUGGAGGGUACUGAGAAGGCGAUGGAACAUGCUCUUAAAGAAGGGAUUGUUGGCGAAGCCGCUCCAUUGAAGAGGAGCAUUGUUUCCAAGGUACCGGAAAAGGAGAGCACAGAUGAUGGUGGGGCAGGAGUAAAAGAGUACAACGAUGCAAAUUAUUGGAGAGUCGACCAAGAAGUUGCAGUGUCGGAAUAACUGUGUGGAGGUCUAUUGAUUGGUUGUUUCAACGUGUAACAUGGAGCUCUAAUAGCCAGGAUCCCCGACUAUUGAUUGGUGAGUUUAUGCAGCAGAUGUGUACAGUGUACUAUGGUUACAAUUGGGAUCAAACAAUAGGCUAAUAUUAAGGUUUGUCACCAAUUAAUUAUUGUUCUUAUUAAUGUUUAUUAUUCAGGUUAUGUUUUCGUUGUAAAAAAAUUUUGGUUUCUUCUCGUCUUGACUUUGUCAUCUUUCUGUAGUUAUAUGGAUUCUGAAGUAAUCUUCGUUCUCCAUCCCGUUAAGAGCAGGCUUAAAGGCUGCCUUGUUGAGACAAUGUAAACUCUAUAUUCUUUACCUUGAUAUUCAUGUGUUGC